GUGCUCUCGUGAUGGUGUACGUUGGUUUGCGUCAGUUGGUUCGCGUGCCGUUGCGGAGCAUGUAGGCUGGAAAAAUGUCGUGCUUUCGGUAUAUGCAACGCCGGGCGCGUUCCAAGGGCCUCAACGCUGCUCCCUACUUCACACUACAGAGGGAAAUAUGCGAACAGAACAUGGUCAUCGCGAGCAAGCCGCCUGAGCAAUUGUUAGUGAUUCUUCAGCCAGAGCUGGUGACAACAGAACUUGGACCUCUAUACCUACGAUUGCAGACCCUUGAUCGGCUGUCAGUGGCCUUCUGUCCUGAUGAACAGCUGUGCCAAGAGGCACUGCGCAUUCUUCUGGCUCUGCAGCAAAAACUACAGUACCAGUCUCACCUGAGCUCAUCAAUGGAUAUUGUCGAUGGCUCAGAUUCAAGUCGCCCCGCUGCCAUCAUGAAGCUGUUGGUGCAGCUUAAUGGCAUUGAGAUCUUGCUGCGGAUCAUUAUGCAGUAUAGCUUGCUUCCUAGAGAGACUGCUGUCAAGCAUGUGAACAAUUCUCGUUACCUCAUACUGCAGAGCCACUGCGUUGAAGUUUUACAUAGGCUCUGCGUAGAUGAUACAAAUGUAGCACGGGAACUUUCCCAUAAAGAAGCACUUUUCCAGGGCCUGCUGUCUCUGCUGCAGUUCAGUGAAACCUGCUUGGUAGCAUGUGACCUCAUAGAAUGCCUCUUGCUUUCACGCCGCGAGGUUCUAAAUCUUACGACCAUACCCAACAUAACCAGCCUGAUUGCCAACAUGAAUGAUAUUCAGCUGGCCAAUUUCUGCAAAGUUUUGGCCAUCAGCCUAUCGGACCUGGAUGUGUACGAGCACAAAACAUCAUUGUAUGCCCAGUGCAAGGAGAAAAACCGCAACAACUUCUCCUGUGUCCGCGACAUCAAUCAAGAGGUCAUCUUAAAUGUACCUGGAAUCCUCAAGCGUCUGGUCAUGAUAGCUUGUGCAAAACCUUACACACCGAGGUUUCCAGCUAUUGCCGGUGAAAUGAACCACUGGAUGCAGUGGAUUGAAAACCAAGUUAGCACUUCAGACACUGGCUCUGAGCUGGACUUCGUGGGUGGGAUCUCUCAGUGGAAUAGAGAAAGCAGCCGCUUCCAACAUGAAGCUGCACUAAAGAUCUCAGCAGAAAUGACAUUCCGUGCAGAGGCUGUCUACAUACUGGGCUUACUGCUUGUUGGAAAACGCAGGAAGGAGGUGCAGAGGGCGCUGGCGUCACUUCGAUUAAUCCCCCAGCUGUCGGAUCUGUUUGACCACUUUGUAUGGAAGUACAAUACAAUGAGAGGCCAAGAUAGGGGUCGCCUACCGGGUCACAACAUUAACUGCGAGUGCAGUCCUGAAGUCGCUCUCAAGAUUCAAGUGCUAAGACUGGUGCACAGUUUUUGUGAACAUGCAGAGUACAAGCAUGUCAUGCUUUCAUGGAGUGAAUACAGUGAACUUAAAAGGAAUGGACCGCUUGGAAGCUUCGUCUGCACAUUGCUCAACUACUGGAAAAAACUGGCACGAAGUGUUGAAAGUCCAAGCCUUGAUCGCAACUUGAUGUGCACUGGCAGCAAGGGCCUCCUCACCAAAAUAGUUGAAGUACUCAAGAAGGAAGCAGGUAGCUCCACCUUUAGGUUCUGGCUGUCACGUGCCAUUGAAAGUUAUCUGCGUGGGUGCACCAGUAGUGCUGAUCAAGACUUCCUCCUCUCCAGAGGCCUACUGCAGCUGGUCGCUGGCAACCUAGUCAACUGUAAUGUCCGCCAGAAAGAAGUGCUUCAAAGCAGUUUUGACCUCCUGGGCGAGCUGGUCAAGUUCAAUCUAAGGGCAUUCCGGCAGCUUGACAAGAUCCUCAGUACUGAGGCAAAGCAACGAAAGCUACUCCAGCUGGUCAAUGGCUACUUGGUGGACUCCAACAUGUUUGUUCGCAGCCUGGUUCUCUCCCAGGAGCACCUGUCUGUGUCAGAUGACUAUGAAGCUAGAGAGUAUGCUGAGAGGAGCAGCUAUGUGCUGAGCCAUAUUGGGGACCAACGAAACCGCAUUCGUUAUCUCAAAAAGUUGGUUUCUCUUGUCACCAUCUCCAACCUCACACAGGAGAAUGUGAGCUGUGUGAACACAGCCCUAGUGCUGCUCAUCUUCGCGCAACAGCGUGGUCAACUGGUUAGUUACUUGCACGCACUACGGGGCCCACCUCCACCGGGUGCAGCAAGCAAGACAGCCUGCAAUGCUAGUGUGCCUGCCAGUGUCCCUGCUGGCUCCGCAGCAGCCACAGCCACAGCUUCAUCAGGGAGCCUGUUGCAAAACCUGCUUGAGCUUCUGCACUUCUGGCAAGAGCACUACCUCCAUAAGGACAAAGAUUGCUCUGCCCUUGAAAAGAGCUCACGAAUUGGAUUCCAUCGGUGGAAGGCCAUGGUGAACACACUUGUCUCAGAGGACAUUACCAGUCCUGUGUCCCUUGUCUACCAUGUUCACCCUGGGCCCAGCACCCGCGACAGUUGAUGGACUGGCUGCUAUGCAUUGGCACAGUGCAGCGCAGGCACUGAGCAUGUGGAUGUAGUACUGCAAGCUAUGAUCAGUAAUUAAGUGAGCCCUGUGUGCUGAGUACAGUUGGUUGAAAAGUAAUUGUUGCAAUCAUCCCGAGAUUGACAGUGUUCACUGGACCAUGCUCAGUCGUUCAUUCCAUCUGUGUUCACUAAAGAAUGUCUAAUGGAUGGCUAAAGAAAGCAGCCGGCUACAGUAAACAUUCAUCUUGGCCACACUUGGGCUGCUUAAUAUGGACUUGAGAUUUCUAUAUACCGUCAGUGAAUCUCUUUGCUGUCAAGGGCCCUCUGUUAACCAAGCAAUAGAGCACUCAUGGGAGCUAGUUUCUUUUGACGGUAAAGUCACUAGAUAAUAAACUGCCAUUCUGUACAUUGUGCAGAGCUGAAUCCCACAUCUUGUGAUCAUCAUUGUUGUGCUGAGUGUGCUAAAAUACUAGUUCAUGGAAGUCGAGAUGGGUGACCGUGAGUUUUGGGCUGACAAGGGCAACUUGUGAUUAUUGCUGUGCAACUGUCGGUAUGUUCACAGCUAGUUCUCAUUCAACUUUUAGAAAAAUGUGAUCAUGAUGCACCUUUAAAUCAAUUAUGUGGUUUCGUUUCUUGUGUUGUUAUGCAGCCAGGGACACAUAUACUCCAUCAUAAGUUCUUGGUGCAGAGGAGAUGUGUUGAAUGCUUCAUGUUUUCACUUGGCUUGGAUUAUGGGAGGUGGUUAGUGGUCUUAAAAGGUAGGAAGGAGACUGGUUUAGAACCUUAUGAAGCUUUAACUGCGUAAAUGAUCUCUCACCUUCAUCUGAGUGCCAUGUUGUUUUGUUUAUAAAUAAUAGUGAAUUAACUGUGAUCGUUGUGUUGAUACAGCCACUUAUGCCUGUUGUAUACUGCUUGCAUUUUUAAUCUACUUAGUAUGAACAAGACCAACAAUCUCAGAUUGAGUGGUUUGUAAGUUGAGGUCAGCUAAUGGCCACAAAAUUUUUCUCAGCUUGUCAUUUGUGGCGCAAGUUAUUUUAAUCAAUGACAACUUCACAUUUGGCAUACUGUUUUAGAAUAAAUGCCAUUGAUUCCAUCUAGCUUAGUCUACAUAAAGUUGCUUCCUUGGCGUAGUAUUAAUGUACUGGGAAACACCUAGCAUCGAGUGCACAUACAUCUGAAUUGUGGCCACUGCUUGCAUGCAUUUUGUGCUAGCAACAUGUGCAUUUGCAGAAUUUCAGUGCAUUACAGAAAGGAUUAAAUGGAUGAAAUCAAAUUAAAUUACCAGAAUGGCAUUCUAACCUCCUUGUGUGGCUCGCAGUUUUGUGCACAUUACUGCUUCAUUCAGAAACCCGACUUGUUUUCUACUUAUAUGUACUAAGUUGCAAGCUUUCUUCCUUCCAUCAUACACUGACACUCGUCAGGGUUAUCAAGCUGGUUUUCUGAACAUAGCGUAUGCUUUGCUUUUAAACUCAUUCAUGACAGGCCAUAAGGUUGUGAAAAAGUUAACAGUUGCUUUUUUUUUUUCUGUGUAAAUUAUUUAAGCCCAUAAUAUAAAUGUUCUGGUUUUCUUCCAAGUUUGUGGGAUCAUUUUUUUCUGUAGUUUUAAAUGCACAAAAUUUACAAGGCGAAACAGUGGUUUGGCAUUAGGAGUAAAUCGAUGUUGUCCUGCACAGUAACAGUGAAAAAUCUAGCAUAAUCUUCCUUACAUGCAGCACCUUGUAACAUAUUGUAAUAUUUUUAUAGGAAUUGAAAUAAUCUUGAUAACACAAUGUUCAGUGAUUUCCAUGUACACUGCACGUGCAGUGGAAGGUUGGAUAAGAUUCACCUGUUAUUGAUGGGAGCUCUGGCAAGUAACAAAUUUCAAAUUCAGGCAUGCUUCAUUUGAGGAACAGCCUUGUUUCCGUAGCUGGGAAAUGAAUGUGAAUCCACAGAAAGUCAAAUUUAGAGGCAAAAUCAAGUAUAUAACAUCAGUCUCCAAUAGCAUUUUUUUGGGACACGAGUCAAGUUAGAGAAGUUAUCUUUAUUAGGCAUAUGCUUCAAUGCCAACAAUUCCUACUUGCCACAUCAGCUCAAGCAGGUUAGCCAGUCUGCUGACCCACUGCUGUUCUCUUUCUGCAUGUCAUGUUAGGAUUUUUAUGGGCUAGUGUAUUAGGAAGUGUGAACUGGGCUUGUGUUUUGUAACAAUUCACUUCAUUUUUCAUUAAUCUUACCUUUAGUCAUUGGUUUGGACAUCACCAUUAUCACCAAGAUUGGCCACUUGGUGCACUGUAUAAGGAAAUGAAGGUGGUAAUAGAAUCUAUUGUUAAAAUAUACAGGCCCAGGCUGAAAUUUUCCAGUGCCUACAUCUUCACUCUCAGUACAUAUCUCCUAGUUAGGUACAUUAAACCUGUUCAUAAUAGUUCACAUUCGGUAUUAUGCAUCUCUGAAAUGCUCUUAAAAAUUGCGACUGUCCACCUACUUCUAUGAAAUUUAAUUUAGAGCGGAUACUUCUUUUUGUUCAACACUCUCUAUGUACAUCUGGGUGCUUCAAAAUGUAGUAAGUGAGGUUUUGAGUCAUUUUAUAAUAAAAACAUUUCAUUUCAUGGCUCAGUUUAGGUAUUGGUUAGUAUGUGAAAUUAUGAGGAGGCAUAGAACCCUUGCUUUAGUGUUGCAUCACUCUUGCAUAUAAUUAAUGAAAAGCCUGUUCCAAAUGACAUGGCUUGUGAUGUAGCACCAUCUUUAUGAAUAAACAUUUAAAUGCGAACAUGAUAGAGAAUAGCAGCAGCGAGACAAAAUGUUACCCUGGGGUCUUUAAUCAACUUAAGUGCUCUUUUGCAUAGUUGUUACAAGUCUAAAAGUGUAGUCUAUGUCCAAUCUUUUAUUUUAUUGCUACUAAGCAUUUGAUAUUAGUUGUGGCACUCAAUGUUGUAUCUUUCUUUAAUAUAAACUGCAUUGUGAGAGCUUUGUGCAAUGGUAUGGAGCAUAUUUUGAAUAGUGGAAUAUGUUUUGCUGUUUUUAUUGCUGUUGCCUAUUGGCAUUAGUUUUUGUACCAAUGCAUCAAAUAUUAACGAACCAACUGUGACAUGCUUUAAACAGUUUAAUAAUAUUUUUUUAAUUCAUGUAAACAUACUGUAUAUUAGUUGAACAUUGUAGGAAAGGUAACUCAAAAAUUUUGUGUUCAUGUGACAUUUUGUGUGUUUGGAAGUUGUGAAAGAUGGUCUAAUGAUUGGUAUUUUAAAGUGAAUGUGUGGUAGAUGUUGGAAUGGUACAAACAAAUGUUGCUUGUUUUUGCUUUUGCUGAAGUGUGUUUUUGUAUUGUAUGCUGUGUGACUGAGUAAUUAUUUUGUAAAUACCAACUUAGUAAAAGCAAGAAAGAAACAUGAAAAUUUGCAUAGUAAUAAUGUAAUGUGUGAACACUGCAGUUCUCCCUGUUUUCACUGCAGUAGAGGUGGCCUGUUUGUUUUAAUUUUAUUAAACAAUUUCUUUUAAGCACAUAAA